UACCUCUUUCAGGCCUUUAUAAAGCCAUCAUCACCAUCAUAAGUUAUCUUCAUCAUGAGAAUGGGAGAAAUAAGAAAGUGGUAUGUGGCUAUAAUGGCGAUGGUACAAAUAGUGAGCUGGGUGUCUGCAACAAGCAGGCCUAUUGCUUCCACUCAAGUUUCUUUUCAUCCAGGGAUAAUAAGCCCACAGGCUGCAGAACACAACUCCAAAAGGCCUAUAUUGACGCCCAAUGAGAACACAGAGGUAAAAGAGAUGGAGAAAGGGAGGAGAAUAGGAUCAAAGCCACCAACUUGUGAGAAGAAAUGCUAUGGAUGUGAGCCAUGUGAAGCAAUCCAAGUCCCUACCAUUUCUUCAACUCCUCACAUAUCUACUCAAUAUACUAAUUACCAACCUGAGGGCUGGAGAUGCCAUUGUGCUCCUUAA